AACAAUCCCACCUUUGACAGGAAUCUUCCACUAAUGAUCCUUUUGACCUACAACCUGUUAAACCGGUUAAUAAUUUUUUUUCUUAGUCUUUCUCCUUGGACCACCAGUCCACCAUCAUUCCACCCACGCAGCUCCUUCACUCACCAUACCAGCCUACCUGCUCACCACAUUGACACCUCACCUAGCACCAACAACAUGCUGCUGCCCUUCUCCCACUUCACCACCAGAGGCAACCGAAAGCAGCCGCGCUACUACUGCAGCCAACAGCCAUCGCACCAGCCACGACUCACGCACCUUUCUCACAACAAAUUCGCAACAGAAGCUCACAACAAGCAACCAGCUUCUGCAAUAAACCACCGCCUAACCCACCUCACAACGCCGCAUCAACGCGCCACCAAUGCAGCCCACUUACAACCGCUGGACCUCCAAUUCAAUAGCUGCAACAUCAAUUCACACCCACAAUUCAGCCCCUAAAUUAGCCCCAAAAAUAAUUUAAAAGAAAUAUCAAGGGUCGAUUUUGGGCUUUGAAGCCUGAAAACUCCAUCCCCAGCCCCUAAAAACCCGACCCAUCCUUGAAAACCCAAACCCUAGCCUCGAAAAACUCGACCCCAGCCACCUUCCUCAAGUUAGUGAAGGAGAAGAAGAAGAUACGAAGAGAUCAUUGAGAAGUUGAGAUUAAGUCGGACGCCUAGGUUGGGUUGCCGAGGAAGGGAGGCGGCUGCGACAGUGAUAUGGAGGGGCGGGGGUGGGGCUAGCCCCGAUAACAAUGGCGGGGGUUAGGGGUUUUGUUUUUUUUUUAAUUAUAAAAAAUAGAAUAAACCAACUAAAAGUCGACACGUGUCUCAUAACCUAGUAAAACCGGUUACCAAAAUAAUUUAACCGGUUAUGGAUUGUUAGUGGAAGACCCCCGUCAAAGAUGAGAUUGUUUCUGGAAUUUCAAAAGGUGGGAUUGUUUAUGGAAGAUGGAGUAAAGGUGGGAUUAUUAGUUUACAUUUUUUCUUUUUAUUUUUACUUUAAUUUUGUUUUUAUAUAAAAUUGUGAAUCAUGAUGAUCAUGUUUAUGAGAAUGAGACCCACCAACAAACGGUGGUGAUUGAGACUUGGACUUCAUAUAGUGGAAAGUUAACGGUGAUGAUCAAAUAGUUGACUCAUCUAGGUCCCACAUAGUGUAUUACUGUUGCUUGGGGCGGGGGGACUACCAUAAAAUGCUGCCAAAUUGCUACUAAUACAUUGAAUCCCUUUUUAUCUAUUUACUCCGUAUUUAUUUAUUAUAUUAUUAAUAUUUAUUUAUCUAUGGUUUUGAUUUGUUUGGUGCUUAUUUAAUUGAUCUAGUUGAACUUCAAUUCCUCUUUUCAACAUCUGGGUAACUUUCUCUCUCUUAUUUGGAUGGAAAUUAGGGCUCUGAGCUGACAAAAAGGAUUCUUGGGCAACCCUAAAUCUGCCAAAAGAUAAUAUUAUAAUAGGUCCAUUUCCGCAAGCUGUAAAUAGCUCUCCGGGAAAGGAUCAAAGCGUACAAGCUCCGAGGAAGAGGCACACUCAGAUCUAGCUAUCAAGUGGGCAAGAGUAUUGCCACUCCUCUUAAUAUGGCUACAAAGAAAAGAAGAAAACGAACAACUUAAACUGAUAAUACGGGAAACAAGCAAAUAAAUGUUUGGCCAUCUGUUAAAUUUGUCCCUGAUUAGAAUUUGAAAAUGGACGUUAAAGAUAGGCCAAAUUCAGAAAAUUGGACUGAGCCUUCAACUUUUGGGAAUGAAGUGCAGCAGAAUGCAUCCCUGAACAAUCAGCCGUUCACCAAUUUUAAUUCUCAGGAACCGUCAAAGUGGGAAGAUCCUUCUAUACUUGAUUACAGCAUGAGGAUAGAUUCCUCUUUCUCCAAAUUUAACCAACCUUCCGAGAACUCAUCUUUGCUUGUUGGCAAUCCAAGUAACCAGGGAAAAAUUCCAAACCAAAAUGGGGCUCAUAUGAAUCAGAUGCCUGAUGGUAGUAACUUUGAUCCAAGAGCAAUGCUCAAUAAUCUCUCUUUCUUGGAACAAAAAAUCCACCAACUCCAAGAGCUAGUUCAUAUGAUCGUUGGCCGAAAAGCUCAAGUUCCUGGCAACCAAGAAGAAGUUGUAAUUCAGCAGCAGCAGCAGCUUAUCACAGCUGAUCUUACUUCAAUUAUAGUUCAGUUGAUAUCAGCAGCUGGUAGUCUACUUCCAUCAAUGAAGCAUAACCUCUCUGCUGCUAAUUCUAGCUUGCUUCUUAAUAGGACCCUUUUUCCCUCAGCAACAACUGUUGGUACCGGUAUGAUAUCGCAAAACAACAGAGGGCAAGUAAAGCAAGCUGUUGGUGAAGUUAAACCAGUGGAGCAGUCAAACCAGGUGGAGGUACCGGCCAAUUGUGUAACUGAAAUGAACUGCAACAACAUGGAAGAAGAUCAUGAACUAAAAGAUGAUGAUGAUGGCAAGGAAGAAGAGCAUCUUCCUCCUGGAUCAUAUGAAAUCUUGCAAUUAGAAAAGGAAGAAAUUCUUGCACCACAUACCCACUUCUGUACCAUAUGUGGGAAGGGUUUCAAAAGAGAUGCUAAUUUGAGGAUGCACAUGAGAGGUCAUGGAGACGAGUACAAAACUCCAGCUGCCCUGGCAAAACCGAACAAAGAGUCUAGUUCAGAAAAGGUGCUUUUGAAGAGGUAUUCCUGUCCUUUUGUAGGUUGCAAAAGGAAUAAGGAGCAUAAGAAGUUUCAGCCUCUGAAAACUAUUUUGUGUGUGAAAAAUCAUUAUAAGAGAACUCAUUGCGACAAGAGUUAUAUUUGUAGCAGAUGCCAUACCAAGAAAUUCUCUGUUAUUGCUGAUCUCAAGACCCAUGAAAAACACUGUGGCAGGGAUAAAUGGCUGUGUUCUUGUGGAACAACUUUCUCUCGAAAAGACAAGCUUUUUGGGCAUAUUGCUCUUUUCCAGGGUCAUACUCCAGCCAUUCCCUCAGAGGAACAUAAAGGAACAUCUGUGCCAUCUAAUAUUUCAAAUAACAGUGAAACGACAAACAAUGUUGCAAAUAUGGGAUUUAGCUUUUGCUCCAAUGGUGCUAAUGAAAAUGGUGCACAGAUUAUGAUGGAUGGAAAGGGGAAUGUUGAUGAUCCUUUCUUCUCUCUGCUAAAUUACGAAUAUAGUCUUGGUGGGCUGCAAGAUUUUCCGCUAACCAAUUUUGAUGAUUCACCAAGUUCUUUUUCGUUCCUCAAUUCUGAAGAAAAGGAUGGGAUGAUGUGUGUCAGUAACGACGUUCAUUAGUAUUGGUUGGCGUUUUUAAGUUUUUUGUGCAGAGGAGCUUCUAUCAUCCUUACUUGUUUUCAAAUUGGAUGGACUCAAGCUCCUGUAAUUGCUUAGCUUAAAUAAAUGCUUUAUAUAUGAUCAUUGCACAUUACAAAUGUGUGCUGCAUUCUUUCA